AUGGUCAUCGCCAGCACAAUCACCAGCGGCCUGAGGAGGAGUGUUGGGGGCAGCACUCUCCGCGCAUUUGGCGCUGUCGGUAGCACAUCAGACCUGGUCCCACGGUCGAUACUUCCCAGAAGUGCGCUUGCCCGCGUCCAAGCGCUGCACACGACCCCUGCCCGCCUCAACACCCCAUCCCACCCCGCACGUACCACAAGCGCCGCAACACCGCCACCUUCCUCGCACAGUAACGUCUCAGCACGUCCCACCUCGGUGCGCAACAAAGACCUUCCUCCGGUACCCAAUACGCUCCCUUACCUGCUCACCUUUGUCACGCUCGCCCUUGCCAGUUGGGCCGGAUUCACCGUCUACGCGACCAACAAAGAAAAACUCGGCUCCAGCAUCUUCAAGAGCGUGGUUUCGCAGGUCAAGAGCUCUCCCGAAGUAGCCUCCCUCCUCUCCUCUUCCUCGAAUGAGAGUGUGGUGUUGAAGCGCGAGACGUGGUUGGGCGGCCAACCGCGCGUCGCUGGCGCCGUGAAUAUGAUGCAAGGUCGCGUCGAUCUUAGCUUCCGCAUCCACCCGGCGAAUGAUGAGGACCAGACAGCGACGGUUUACUUCACCAGCAUCAGAGCGCAUAAACAUGCCCCCUUCGAGAUUCUCAGGUUCGUCGUCGUCAACGAUCGGACCGGAGAGAGUGUUAGUUUGUUGGACAAAACGGGUCUGACAAGUAUCGAUGUCGAAAGCGGCGACAUUGUGUAG